CAACCGCCAAGUCCUGGGAUGCUCACUCAGGACAAUUCCGGUGAUCGUCUGAAGCAACCUCUAGACUCUCAGUUUUGGGUGGUUUCUUGGGACGCGCCAUAAUGCAGUCUGUCUGCGCCGGACCGCCAUGAUCGACCCUCGUCCCCGAACCUCACCCAACUGCCAACAUGGCCCGGAGCAUUGUAUCAGAGCCGUUGAAUCCACACGUCGGCUUCAACUGGGUCUUCCUCAUUGAAUUGCUCAUCUGUGGCAUCUUGACUGUCUUCUUCCUCUUCUACUUCAACCGGCUCUUCGCUACUGUUGUCUCCUACGGCAUCAGAGCGUACACCUGGCACACUUACCGCGCCUACAUCGACAUCCAAGCUCUCCAGAUCUCCCUCCUCGGCGGCCGCAUAUUCUUCAAAGACAUACGGUACCACGGGCACAAUGAGACUAUCUUGGUACAUGGCGGCUAUAUCACGUGGCAAUACUGGAUACGGCGGGUCAAGGAGGCAGAGAUCCACUCCGAUGAGCGUCCUUCCCAUGGCGGCGAUGGCAACCGGACCCCCACGACCGAAGGCAGCCGCUCUGGUAGCCGAAGUAGGACGGCAGACAAAGCUGAAAAGGGAGGGAAGCAGACACAGAAACGCCUGCCAUGUCGAAUCUCCAUCAAGGUCUCCGGUGUGGAAGCCUUCAUGUACAAUCGUAGCCCAGCCUACGAUGGUAUCAUCGAUGCGAUACAGCGCAAAGCUAAUGAUUCCGCCAAACCAGGUGGACAUCAUGCUGAGGGUUCAAUGUCUGAACUGGGAAAGAACGGCUCGGUGACCGGUUCGGUGAAUACGAACACCGAGGAAGGACGCCACAAGAAUCUGAAGGGCCAUGCUCCUGAGGACAAUGUUAAACCAGACGGGGAAGAACACGCUGAGCCCCGAAAGACAAAACCAGAUGACCCCCCUUCCUUUCUUCGGCUGUUGCCCAUUCAUUUUGACUGCAGCAAAGGUGCCAUUGUUGUUGGAAACGAGCACACUACCUCUAUCAUAACGGCCCAGUUCGAGAAGGCAAGCGGCGAAUUUGAUGCAGCUCCCUGCAGAGCCCUAGAUGUAUACCAACAAGUCUUCAAUUUCCAAUUCACACAUCCUGUUGUACACCUGAAGCCCAAUCCCGAUUUCAAGUCCCACCAGCUAGAGUCUGCCAUGCAUAUUAAGCAAGAGAUGGAUCAUAGCAUCCCCGAAAAAGAGGAGAGCGAGAAGCGUGCGCGCACCAAGAGGCAGCGUAGGCACUGGAGUAGUGGCUUCUCGAGUCUCUCGGCACUGUUUUCUAAGUCUACAGACUCCAUCCACACCCACCCCGCGUCGAAAUCUGGGAUGGCUGCGAAAAUUUUCGGAGCCCAAAUGGAAUUUCCUGGACAGGAACGCUGGAAGGGUCUUACGCGUUACUUAGAUAACAGUCAGAACGAUGCCCAUGGGGAGUGGGAUGGGGUUGAGUACGGGAGAUCUUCUCUUAUUGCAGACUGUCCCUGCAUCAACGUGAGCUUCUAUUGGGACAUCCCAGCACCGGUCCCCAGCGAUGCCGAAAACAGUGUUCAAUUUGAUCCUGCUCGCCCGGAAGAUAUCAAUGGGGGCAUACCUCCCGAAUACGGCAUGGACAUUCAAGUGUAUGGAGGCAUCAUCAACUAUGGUCCGUGGGCCGAUCGCCAACGAGUGAUUUUCCAAUCUUUCUUCUUCCCGGGAGCGCACGUCGAUGCUGUAGCGGCCUCUCCUUUAAACCCCGGAGAAUUGAGGGUGCUGUCGAUCUUCAAACUCUUUUUGAGCAUCGAAAAUGAUACUGUACUCCGUAUCCCGGUUCGUGAGUCCUCGAAAGAUUGGAAAUGGAAGGGAAAAGCGCAUACCUUAACAGGACAUGAGAAGAAAGCCACAGACAAAGCACAUCCUAAGCCUAGGGCCCGCAAGAAGCCAAUCAGAGCGAAACAUCGAGACAAAGGCACUGCUGGUCCCAAUGUACGUCCUUUUGCUUGGAUUGAUAUAAAGGUUGCUGGGAAUUCUACAGUGAACUACGUCAUGGACAUGGUCGCUGGGGAGCAAGGAUACAAGAACAACUUAGAUGUGGACAUCAUAGGCACUGAGAUAUCAUCGAGCGUUAACCAUGGGUUGCUGUGGCGCUCAGGCACAAUCGGCUUGGACUGCGAUCUGUCAAAUCCCCUGAGCUGGAACAGUUUACGGAAAUGGAUCUUCAACAUUUCGUGUCGUGAUUUAGAGCUCUUCUUGCUCAGAGAUCAUCUAUUUCUCAUCACAGACCUUAUUGCAGACUGGGGAUCCGGUCCCCCUUCACGCUACUUCACGUUUGUCCCCUUUCAGUACCUGUUAAACAUCAACCUCGUGGACUUUAAGUUAUACCUCAAUACUAACGACUCGAACAUUGUCAACAACCCAUCCGAUAUAGAUGACAACAACUUCAUUAUUCUCUAUGGCCAACGCUUGUAUGGGGACCUCACGAUACCACUCGAUCGAUUCAGGCCACUUCAAAACGAAAUUCAUUUCAACUUGCGGGCCCAAGAUAUGGGACUGGAGCUCUGUAUGCCAUCCAAAAAUUCCUUGAACGCCUUCGUCCGUUCGACGAAUGUAGCGCAACUAGGUGGUUUGACUCUCAAAGGCAGCCAUACCUAUAUGUCCGAGACAUCGUCGAUGAACACCGAUCGGCUCUAUAUGGAUAUCCAGGGCAGUCGACUAGCUCUCGAGCUCUAUGGCUUUGUUGUUCAUCAUUUCAUGAAAAUAAAGGAUAACUAUUUUGGUGACGAUCUGCACUUCAAGACCCUUGAAGAGUUCCAGGAACUCCCUACCCUGAGUCUAGCAGUGGACGAUACCACGCCAAAAGACCAGUCUAUGAAGGUCUCGAAUGACCUCGACGUGAUUCUCUGCAUCUCGGCAGAUCAGGUCAACGUUCUUUUGCCCUCAAAUCUCUAUUCAUCAGAGAAUAGUCUUCGCGUCGAUCUACCUUAUGCGUCAGCCGACCUCAGGUUUACAAAUUAUUAUAUGGAUCUCAUGGUAGAUUUCAGUCCUCUUAGCAUCUCCCUCGGGACUUCAAUCACCAGUUCAGGUUUACCAAAUGAUUUCAGUGGUCAGACCGAGGUGUUCAUUGCAUCAUUGACUAUAUACGGCCACCGCCUCUUUGGACUGCCACCUGCAGAACCCACAUAUCUCUGUAACUGGGACUUCGACGUCGGAAAGAUAUCUGGUGAAUGCACUUCCGACUUUAUCAAACAAGCAGUUGGCGCUAUACGAUCAUUUGCUUUUACAUUUGACGAUGAUGAGAACGCUCUUCCAAUAGCCGAGCCUUUGGUCAUCCAUGAUUCAACGUUUCUCCGACUUAAGACGCAAAAUGUCCAUGUAUGGCUCCAUAUUGCGAAGGAAGCUGUACUCUUAAGUACCGGUCCCAUCAACCUAGAUUUCAAUGACCUAGCCGGCACGAAUUUCUCCCAGCGUCUAAAAGCUUACGUCCCCGACUUAACCCUUGGAGCUGUUAACGUAAGAGCUCACUCUCGUCACAGGUCUCGAACAGGCGAGAAGCACGUUGUUGGAACUCAUGCUUUUAUCCACACCACUGUGUCACUGAAUAUGCUGGAACGAAAACUGGACUUCACGGAGGAACCACUGUCAUCUAGUUUCGACCAAAACGACGACGACUUGCCUACAUUUAACGAUAUGCCCACCAAACAUCUUGACGAGAGCUUUCAUCACACUAGCCUUCUAAUCAGCGCUGAGCCGGGUAUUCGGAUGUAUUGCACCCCAGAAGCUGUCCGGUGCUUGUCGAAUUUUAUGGAGCUCAUUCAUCCUGCAAGGCCAGAGGAUAUGUUAGAUGUGUUCCAAAUCGAUGUAAUGAUGAAGAUCCUCAACAAUCAGAAGCGACGUGAGGGAAAGGGAACAUCCAUCGAGUUCAACAUUCGCAUUCCAUUUGCUCAUCUACGCUUUGGGAGUGAUUUCACUUCCCAUGUUGAGAGUGAGAUCGAAGUCGGAAAAGACCAGUAUGACCUGAUAUUGAACCAGCUCAAUCUUGUCACUCGUAUUAAGAGUCUCCCUGGUGAGCGAGGUUCACUUGGUAUAUCCGUGACGGAAAGGGCCCUCCAGAUUCCGAAUGAUGGCGUUGCGGUUCAAGCCGAAAUUACAGAUCUCCUUGUGUGGAUGCUGAAGGGCAAAGAUGCUUCGGUCAAUCUAUCUUUCAGAGCAUUUGAGGUUGCAACUGCAAGCCGUAAGAUUGAGUAUCUAGCCUCACUCAUCCACCGAACAAUUUUACUCGUGGACGAUCUUGGAACAAGGUUCGAGCACAUCGAAGCAAAACAGCAGUUACGUCUCCGCUACCUAGCAUGGUUCCUCACCAACUCGCAAGAGCAAAUCCCAGACCCUGCAUUCUUAACAAGACCGUCGUACGCACUCCGAGCCGCAAGAGAUCACCUUCGCAACCACGACUCGUGGAAAAUUAUAUCCCGGCUUCGUUACAUUUGGCUCUGCCUACCAGAGAGUGAUAAAACGAAACUGCUUGACCAGUGCUCCCACUCAUCUAUUGACUGUCCUCAAGGAGCUGAAGACAAGGUCAUCUCGUCAUGGGACCGAUGGCGGACCUGGGAUUUAGCUCAUGUCAAGAAAAGUCUGGCGAUGAGGACACUCUAUAAAUCACCAACGGAUGAGAAAGGGUUUUCGCAGGCUUCCCCACUGUAUCUGGACAUCCGGUCAGCUAUGGUAAAAUUGAUCAUUGAUCCGGGUCCUAAGCAGAGCGAGGCUGCUCUACGAAUGUUAGCCAUCAAUGUCGCAAUCAUUCCCCCACCUAGGCCAACAGGUCUCAUGCUCAUUGGCACUGAGACUCCCAAGAAGUCUACGAUUAUACAAAUCAACACUGGGGAUAGUUCUAUCAGACUCAGUUGGGAGAUUUGCGAGCUGUUUGAAAUUAUGGUCAAGAUUUUUCAAGAUGGCAAGUUGCAAAAGGGUUCCAACACUUCCCCCAAGCCGAAGCCAGUUUCGACGCAACUCGACGACAAUGUGGGCGAGGAUCAUAAUUUCCAGCUCAUAUAUGUGACAGAUAAAGCUGAAGUUAGCUUGGAUACCGUCAACCUUCGCAGUAUCUCCAGGGGACGCCAAUUCCGGCUUUCUGUUGUUGGUUCUGACAAUAGAGCCUCUGGCCAUGGUGACACGAUAACCGUGCUUUUGCACCUUGACCAGGCUGUUAUGGAGCUCCUCUCUCGAUCUCGGCUAAUGCUUCGGUCACAAUUUGACUAUCCCAGUUUAUACUUCGCCCGACACGAGUAUCGUACUGGCGAAUCAAUGCCCGAUGAAAUCAAAAUAGCCAGUGCAAGUCGAAUGAUCGAGUUGCAGGUUAAAGAAGACAUCCUUGGAUUCAUUGAGGUCAUCGAUUCUGUUCUCCGUGACGAGGUUGCCUACUUCUACGACCAAGUCACGUCUAUACGGCAAACUCUCAAGAAGCAGACUGGCUCAAGUCAGCGUACCGUAGCAGUGGCUCAACUUCCUAUCAUCACGGUAGCCUUACUCAUGGACGCAUAUACUAUCGAGUUAGCCUUGCUUCAAGCACUCACUUGGUCUAUUACCGGUUCAUCUGGUCGAAUCUCGGUGGUCCCAACCCUUGGGCAAGACGUUACGCUUAAGGUCAACUACGACCUUGAGGGCCAUACCCACAGGUUGUAUAGCAGCUCGAUUGAAGGGUCCAAUGUCAUCAGUUCAUUGCAAUUACCUCCUGUCAACGGCCGCUUGACCGUUACCAAUACGGAAAAGGAAAUAAAAAUCUUUGCCUCUGGGAUUAUCGAAACAAUGCAUGUUCAGGCGUCCGAAAUCCAAGCACUAAUCUCCACAAUCAACAAACCUGAAAUUUCCAGUGUUGUUCAUGCCAUCAAAGAGGACUUAGCGGUCUUUAAAACCCACAUUGAGGACAUCUUCCCCGAUGUGACUCAAUCGCCGGUUGCAAAGACACCUCCCCCAUCACAAGAUGUUGUGUUCGGCGUUCAAAUGACACUCUCUGGUCUCAAUAUCCUCGCGAGUGCUCCUGGGCAGUCACCCGACUCACCUACAGCCAAUUUGGCUGUUAAGGUGGCUUGCAUCCAAGUCAAAGCUACAAACAUAGGCCCGUAUCUGGAAAUUCUAGCCCUGCCAGAGGUAGUUGCACACCUACAGCAAAUCAAUGUUGAGAUGAGCUUAACUGACUCAUUAUCUAUCCGUCGUUGCGGAAACCUUACAUUUGGCGCAACCUUCCAAGCCACGUCUCAGGGAGAAUCAGAGCUAGGUCGAAGAGCAUAUCGCGUCAGAAGCUCAGAGCUAGAGGUUAAUAUAUUUGCUGAUACUGCUUCGGCGGUUGUAGAUGUGGUGAAUCAUCUCCAGGAUAAGAUCAAGGAUUUAGACCUGUCAAAAGAGAAGAAAUAUUUACGCAGGCUCCGUCAUACUAAGAGUCGUACCUCCCACAGGCGCGAGAAGAGCGAAACAAACACCGAGGUUGAUAGCCUCAGCUCUGGAGCUCUAUUUAGCUCAACCUACUCACUCGAGCUGCUGAACAUUCAGAUCAGCUGGGUCGUAGGGACUUCAAUCCCUCCAUAUCCACGAACAGAAUCAGAAGAUCUCGUCUUAUCAUUUAGGAGAAUUGAUCUUUCGACACGGCGAGAUGACGCUGCACGUCUAGCGAUCGAGGACAUGCGAUUACAGAUGGUGCCAGUCUCUGGGAACAAGAAGCAACGAUCUCCAAAUUCAGCUCUACUUCCUGAGGUGGUAUUCAACGUCGCGUAUAGCUCUACCAAAGAGACGCGAAAGAUUGCCUUCCAAGCUGCUGGAAAGAGCCUUGAUCUUCGACUAGAUUCUCGAUUUAUCCUUCCAGCGAAUGUCAUUGAGCGAUCAAUUGCCCUAGCAGGCAAGAAAUUUCGCGCUUCUUCAGCCACUUGGAAUAUGACACCGACUACCAGCGGAGCUCAGCGAAAGAAUCCAUUUGGGAACAAGAGGUGGGCUUCGCUGCUUGUCGAUGCCAAUUUCGCUGGUGCGGUUGUACAUCUAAGUGGCAAUGAUGCGGCCUCACCCAAAGACAGCCGAUCGCAGCAAAAAGGGCGUUAUAGCCAAUUUAUUGGGGAUAGCUCCACCAGUAGUACGGCCCUGCGAGCUCCGGGCGUAGCUCUCAAAGUGGAGUACAAUGACGAUGGACAAGACCCAUCACUCAAUGCCGAGCUUAGGGUCAAUGGUUCCAACAAUACGCUCUACCCGACUGUCGUACCUUUGAUCAUUGACAUUUCCGACAGUAUUAAGGAAGUCGUUCGUGACACAGACGAGUCUCUAGACACGGAAAAGUCACCUGGGUCGCAGCCAAAACCCGCCGCAAAACUACCUGACGAAGAUAAUAUUAUCACCGCAGAUCCCAGUACCAUCCUAGGCAGGACGCGUCUGAACCUCGGGCUGAGAAUUUGCAAGCAGGAGUUCAGUCUCAGCUGUCAGCCUAUUGCUCGAGUCGCUGCGAUUGCCAAGCUGGAGGACAUUUAUGUAACGGUGAAUAGCGUCAAAUCCCAGGAGCAUGGUCAUUUCUUUGCAGCAUCCGCUGCGUUUGAAAAGCUUGAAGCAACCGUUCAACAUGUCUACUCGCGAGAGUCUACCUUCGGUUUCGAUGUCGAUUCCAUCGUUCUUUCAUUAAUGAACAGUAAGCACCUUAGCGGCACAAGUGGUAUAUCGGCCAUCCUCAAAGUCAAUCCUAUGCAUCUCCAAGUAAAUGCUCGCCAGCUUCAGGAUUUCCUUUUGUUCCGAGAAAUUUGGAUCCCACCUGAAAUCCGACAAGCCUCGAAACCCCCAGCCACAAACGUCAGCACCGAGCCCCAGGAGUACCUCAUCCAACGUUAUCAGCAAGUCACUGCUGCAACUGCAUUCCCUUGGAAUGCCAAUGUGGCUAUCGCAAAUGUAUCAGUGGAGCUAGAUCUUGGGCAAGCGAUUGGAAAGACAUCACUCAGUAUUUCCGACCUCUGGGCGUCUUCUAAGAAGAGCACCGACUGGGAGCAGAAUCUCUGCAUAGGUAUCAAGAAGGUCGCUAUCGAGAGUUCUGGCCGUACAAGUGGCUUCGUCGAGCUUGCAGGCGUCAGGGUACGCACAUCUAUUAGCUGGCCGUCACAGGCAACGAGUAUCCGACAAACGCCUCUCGUCCAAGCAUCGCUUGGCUUCCAGCAACUGCGUGCAAAGGCCGGUUUCGACUAUCAAGCUUUCAUGGUUGCUGAUAUCGCCAAUUUCAACUUCUUGAUGUACAACGUACACGAACAAUCGAAGGACUCCCGAGAUCGCCUCGUUGCCAUUCUAGACGGCGACAAGGUCCACGUCUUCUGCACAGCAACCAGCGCAGCGCAAGGCCUAGCGCUCUGGCAAGCCAUCGAGCGCCUGGUACAAGAAAAUCAGCAGGCAUACAAACAAUCGCUUAAAGACAUCGAGAAAUUCCUGCGCCGCAAAUCGUCAGUCGCCACGCCCUUCGGCCGUUCCGCCUCCCAAAGCAUGAUCGCCAGAAAACCCGACGGCGACAGUUUCAAAACACCAAUUUCCCUGCACACAGACGUCGUCGUAACACUCCGGUCCAUCAACGUAGGCGUCUUCCCCAGCACCUUCACCGACAGCCAAAUCUUCAUGCUUGAAGCCUCAGACGUCCAGGCCCGCUUCGCCGUCGCACUCGAACAAUCCAAAAUUCACUCCGGCCUCGGCAUGACGCUUGGCCAACUCUCCGUCGCGCUCUCGCCCAUCCCCAACCCCAAGAAAACCAAACCCGUGAGCGAUCUUACCGUCGAGGAUGUUGCUGAGAGCGCAAGGUCCGCGCGCGGCGGCACGAUUUUACGAGUCCCCAAGGUCAUUGCUACGAUGCACACAUGGCAGGUCCCGGAGAACAAUCAUAUUGAUUAUAUCUUUAAGAGUAGUUUGGAGGGGAAAGUGGAUGUCGGGUGGAAUUAUAAUCGCAUUUCGUAUAUUAGGACCAUGUGGGGAAAUCAUUCGAGGAGUUUGGCGAGUAGGCUAGGGAAACCGUUGCCGGAGUCUGCGGUCAAGAUUACGAGUUCGGGCACCCCCGCCAAUCCCUCUACUGAAGCUCUGGUUGCGACUAAUACUAAUCGCGAUCAUGAUCAAAACCAAAAUCAAGAGAAAAUCACUGCCGUAGUAAACGUCCCACAGUCCAAAUACAACUACACCCCACUCGAGCCCCCGCUAAUAGAAACGCCGCAGCUACGCGAUAUGGGUGAGGCCACACCGCCGUUGGAGUGGAUUGGUCUUCAUAGAGACCGGCUGCCGAAUGUUACGCAUCAGAUUGUUAUUGUUACGUUGUUGGAGGUGGCGAGGGAAGUAGAGGAUGCUUAUGCCAGGAUUUUGGGACGUUCGUAG